AUGACAGCGUGUAAAAGUAUCGGUUACCAAGUGUUCAGAUUAAAUACUUCAUGCAAGUGUAGUUGUCAUGAAAUCAAAACAAGUACCGAGUUACCAUAUUUUAAAUGGAAAACUAAUGGGACUACAAUGCAGAUACCAAAGACAUUUAGCCCUAAGGUUUAUCAUGUAGUGGGGACAUUGUCACCGGCUACCAUAAUUGGUAUCACUGACAAUGAUAAUGUGGAUAUUGAAUGCUCUCCGAAAAAAGAAAGUACGUCGACAAGUUCACUGAAAUUAGCUUUGCGGUAUGGAUUUCAUCAGACAUCAGAGUGUAAAGUGUUUGAAAAAGCUUUUCUUUGUAUGCAAAAGUGCAUAGUAUUAAAUUACGAUGUCGCAUUUUCAGAUAAAUAUUGUUUUUGCACUUGUUAUGUUAACAAAGAUAAGGCUAGAUAUUUCGAUAAAUUAAGUAAUAAUUCAACUAAAUGGAAAUACGGUGUUCCAACGACUUCAAAACCUGCAUGGGCACAAAAAUAUUUAAAAUUAUCUGAGACUACAACAAGUGAUAGUGCCGAUCAAGAAAUGGAAACAAAUACUUCGUCUGUUUUUAAUUUUACAGAAACAAUUGUAGGUAAUGACAUUUUUAUUUCAAGUACAGCGACUCCAAAUAAUUCAAGCGAUGUUUUUACAAAUGAAACUUUGUCUGAUAAUGGUAAUACAACCAGGGCUGAAAGCCUGACUACAGGUAGUGAUGUAGAUAAUACUAAUUCAAGCAAUGUCACUGUUAGUGCA